AUGAGCCGUCUAAUUCCGGCGAACAUCGCGCAAUACAGAUUCCUAACGAUGGAAGCCCUGCUUAAUUUCUGGGCGGACUUCAAAACUCCACUGAUCGAGACGUGGAGGAGCGUGGACAACUCUCUUCUAGGCGCAGACAGUCCUCUUCUACUGCAUCCACAGUCGGAAGCAGAUUCUCCGCGCCACCAACGUGAUUCUGAGGACGGACGCUCGUAUACAGAAGAGUCAGAUGAAGAACGACAAUCAGAAGCAGAACCUUCGCGGGAUCAGACCCAAUUCAUCGAUAGAGGCACAAAUACCGAGGAAUCAGAUGGAACUCCGCACGACCAGACCGACCCCGGUCACUCGGGCCUUAGCGAGUGGGAGGAAGAGGCAGCACGCCAGUCCGUCAUGUUGGUCUUCGAGGAGGAGAUCCCAGACGCUUACACAGACGGACCUGGCUGCCUGAUUGAGGCGCAUGAUGGUGUCAAACCAUGUAUCGCUCUCACCAUAUCAUCGGACCUCUCAGCAAAGAUUCAGAAGGUGAUCAUGUCGAAAAGGGAAUUUGAAGCAGAGAAAGUCCGCGCAAAGGCAAGGAGCGAGGCGGUCAAGAAGUUCUCGUCCGAAUUGCGUACAGCAAAGGUCAAGCACCAGUCUCGCAUAGCGUCCGAAGAGGCUCGUCAAUCGGUCUCUGACGAAGAAAAGUUCGACAAGAUCAGCUCACUACGACAAGAGCUGGAAAUGCUCGAAUUGCUGUCAGAGAACAUGACUGCUGUGAAGACCAACAUCGAGCUGAAUCUGAGCGCCCGAGCCGACGGUUUGGCUGCUGCCCAAGCGGCAGUGAGCGCAUACUUGGAAGACGCCUUUGUCUAUGCGCAAUUGAGCGAGCCUGAUGCUGGUGCAUCACCCGAGCCAGUGCCCGAAUACGACCUGCAAGAGGAGUACCAAACACUCCGAGAUCAAAUGGAGGAGAUCAAUGGGGGCCCUCCGGCACGCCAAACAUUGGACACCAGCGACGACCAUUUGCGUGCCAACAAACCGGUCCAGACACCAGCUCAGGAGGCCAUGCUUCAGGCGAGUACAGAUCUGUGGCACGCAAGGGAGCGAUUGCAACAAGCUCAAAAUCGAUUCCACGCCAGGGAUGAGAUACGGCGGGACGAGUACCAGCAGAACAUCGAACUCGAAGAGGCAGGACAACCGACUCUCGAUCUGAUAGAGGCGGAGGACGCCGUUGAGCAGGCAAAGAUCGCGGCCCGGGAAGCAGGUCUCCCAUGCGAAGACGAUCGGCAGUCCUCGUGCUUUGCUGAUGAUGCAGACGACGGUCCCGAUGGCCCUUUCAGGAGCGGCGACCCCGACACAUCUGAGCACGUUGCCGCGGAGCCCCGAGUUCUGGAUUGGUUUGAUUCUUUGGUCGAGGCUGGUGAUGCGGAAUUCAUGGGGGCUGCUGAGGUUGACGAUUGGGAUUAUAGCGAGGCGGGCAUGAGCGAUAGUCUCAGUAUGGUUGCUCAAGGCUCUGAUCGCAGGAGGAUAGACAAGUGGCAGCAAAUAGUCCUUCUUUGCGGCCAGGCCUUUUCCUUCGAAAGAGUACAGCGGCAAGCAAAACAUGUCGAUCUGGUUGAUCCAAAGGACGAUGAACAUUCGACGCUUGCUGAAGGCGGGUCCCUCGCAUGUUAUCUGCAGGCGCGGAUGAUUUGGUACCAGUUUCGGAUUCAUGUUUGCGACGUGGAACGGAAGAGCAAGGACUUCUCCGCUCUUGAAGUCUCGCACGGUGCGUUUGGUCCUGACACAUUCGGGUGUUUUGACAGGCUUGAAGAUCUUCCUGAGAUGUGGAGAGUAAUAGAGCGGGUACUUUGCUGGUCCGAGGAUGUGGAGUGGAGAAUGAUCAAUGGAUGGAAAGUUGAGUGCUUUGGUAUUUCACAAAAGUGGGCAACCAUAUUCGGCGCUGCAUCUCGUCAACUGCCGUGCGCAACGAAGACAGAAGCGACACGGCCAUUCACAGCUACGGAUCGCACGUGUCAUUGUGCCGACCGACCGAUUUACCAGGACAGCGGCACGCAGACAAUCGACGAGAGCAUCCUGAACCCUAAUGACGACCAUCUGGACGAGACUGAGCGAGUGCUUGAAUCGUCACCCGACGAAGCUCCAGGCGAGACGUUUGAUGAGGAGUGCGGAGGCGAGAAUCACUCCGAAUACAUCGACGAGCAAAGCGUCCGUGAAGAGCGGUAUGUGAGAAUUCAUGACGAAGUUGAAGAGGACUACACUGCAGGGCCCUUACGCCUGGUUCUGGCCACCGAUGGGCUUAAAGAUGACUGUCCUGCACUUCUGAUGAAUCUAGAGCUGUCUGGACUCAUUCAGCAAGCAAUAUAUGCGGAGCGACAGUUUGUCCGAGCAGAGCGACAUGAGACCGACACCAGGAUAGAGCUGAUGAGACUUGAGUCUGCGGUGAAGAGGGAGAUUCGAGCUCAUGAGUAUCGCCUUGACCAAGACCAGGUUGAUGAUUUAGAGACGGCUGCGGUGGCCUCGGCAACGGAUGAAGCAGUCUCUGCGGCGUCUGUCAAGGAGUUGGAGAACCUUCGAUUACUGCUUGCAGAUGUUGGACAACGCAAACAAAGGGCUGCUGCUCAAGUGGAGACUGAAGCUAUGUUGCUACAUAACUGUACGAGAGCGCUGACCGAAUGUCUCGAAGACGCUUUCACUGCCGCAGAACUCGUUUGGCCGGAAGAGCAGGCGCCGGACAUCGAUGUUGAGCCUCUCGAUCUCAAGCAAGAAUAUCAAGCAUUUUGUGAGCAGCUCCGAGAGAUGGAAGAAGGCUCUCAAGCAAGUAGUGUGGCAGCAUUGAACGUCACCGGCGACACUUACCUGCGGGUACCUCCGCAAGUUCUUGGGCCAGAGGAGCAGGCCGAGGCCGAUUUGAAGAGUGCCUUUUUUGACGCCCAAGAGCGCCUGCAAAAUGCCACUUUUUACUUCGAUAAGCGCGGAAUGGCGCGACACGAGGAUCGGCAGAGGACGGACGAAGACGAGCAAGUCUUUGAUCUUCGCUGGGUACAGCAUAUCUCUGAGUUGACACGCGAAGUGAUCGAUGCUGAGGAGGGUCUCGCAAUCGCAAAGACGGCUGCAAGAGAAGCUGGCCUCAACGUUACGCUCGAAUAUCAGUCGUCGGGAUUUGCAGAGACUGAAGGAAGCGGCGACCGCAUGAGUAUUGGGGACGAGCUGAUUGUACCUGCCCGGAUGGAGAAUAUCAGUGGAUGGCUGAGUGGCGUUGACGAAGAGGUGUCAUCUGAGACUGCUAGCAGCGCGGACGUCGACGAUUGGGAAGCGCGAGACGUUGAGAUAUGUGAUAGUAUCAGUCUUGUAGCAUACGGAGUGGAUCGGAGGAAGAUUGAUGGAUGGCAGCAGGACUGCCGCCGGUACAAUGAAGAAUGA